CAUGUAGCACAGUCGCCCCGCUGCUGAGGAAUCUGUUGCUGUUGUUACUAACGUUCAGGGACGAUUGGCUCAUCAUGAUCCCCUCAACGAGCCUGAUGACCAUGGGCAGCUGUAUGUGGGUGUGGAUAUGGGUGUGGGAGUAUUUAUGUCUCAGCGUGGGUGCACAGGUCAAUAAGAUAGCCAAAGGAUUCCCAGUUGAGUGCAAUACUACGGUUGGUUAUGUCGAGCAGAACUACGCGGCGGCCAGUGAGAUGAGGUGUGCUCUCCUCGCCAACAAGAACGCAGCCCUUGAGUACAUAUACGAUGGUACUAUGUGCACACUGCUGGGUGAAGGACUUGGCAUCAGCGACGCUCGGGGUGUGGGGUUCACUAAGCCUUACCCUCUGGGCCAAACACUACAGGAGGUCGCUAAUAAUAAACCUACUUAUGGCGCUCCACAUAAUGGGAACUACAUUUCCUCCAAAGCCGUUGAUGGAAACGAUGCUAAACUCAGUAUCUACGCUAACGAAGACAGAUUUCUGUUUCCCUGGUGGCUGGUGGACCUGGGGGACACCUACUUGAUUCACAAGAUAGUGAUUCUCCCGCGGUACAACAACUACAUGCAUCACUUCCAUGACAUUGAGAUCCGUGUGGGGACACAGCUGGACACGAGUGGUGAUCUGGGAACCUACAAGCUGUUCUCCACGUACAAAGGACCUUAUCCCGCCCCAAAAUGGGAGAAACAACUCGUAGUGUGUGAGAGGAGGGACGGGGUUCUCGGCAGGUACGCGAGCCUCAAGCGAGUAACUGCAGAGUACAGAGAACUCAUUCACCUUAACGAGUUCAGAGUAUAUGCCAUACCAGCACAUUAAAGUGAAAGUGAUUGUCUCUGUCAGCAAAUAAUGAACUAAUAUUUAUGGAUGUGUUAAAAGAUAUAAGUAUGUAUUGACAAUUUAACACACACACACACACACACACACACACACACACACACACACACACACACACACACACACACACACACACCUAUUGAUUUUUUUAGAUAAAUCAAAGUAGUAAUGAUAAAAUAAGAAAAUCUAAUGCUUAAAUAGUUACAUUAUACAAAAGUAAGUAACAAAUAUCAAGGAUCGAUGGAUAUGUUGGUAAAAACAAAAGUGAGGGAAUCAAGACGGUGAAGUAUGCUGGGUAUGUUGGCAGAGGUGAGUGAGGGCAGCGAGUAGCAUUAUGUAGCCGCAUGAAAUUCUGCUAUGAGAUUUUAUGGCGAUUUUCUAUCAUUGAAUAUGAUUUAUUGACACUAUUUAUAAAGACAUAUUUAGUACAGGCGGGAGUCACUGAUGGAUACAUGAUGCUGUGAGGAAAUAAACUUUUCAUUACAACAAAGUGAAAAAGAUGGACUAGUGUCACAAGAUAUUUACCUGAAAUUACAUCUGUAGACAAACUUUACGUUGUAUAACUAAUUUGUGUUUACCAACCAAGUAUAUGUUGUGUACAGUAUAAGGAUGACAACAAUUUGUGUUUAUGUAGGUAAUGUUAAGUCAUAUUUAUGUAAUUGUAAUAAUAAAAAUUACUCCUCAUGUGUUUAAGAAUUAUUGUAUAUCAUAUUUGUGUCUGUUUAAAUGUUAAGCUGAAACUAAAAAGACUGAGAUCACCCGAAGAAUCUCCAGCCUAGUUUAUUUCACCGACUGAUUAACGACACUAACCUAACCUUAUUUCACCUACAGAUUAACUAACACUAA